AAGUCUCCUCACUGCCUCCCGGAAUUGCCAUCACGCCGUUCGUUGUCGGCCAUUUCUAUUAGUGCAAGCUCCCCGAACACACAAAACACAAAAUAAUCCCGUUAUCACUGCACAUAAUCACGGAGUUUCCCACCGCAGUGAGACGUGAACAGCAGUCAUGUCAGACUUUAUUGAGAGCGAGGCAGAGGAGUCAGAGGAGGAGUUUCAAGAGAAAGACCUAAAACCAAAAAAGACCCAGAGGUUUAUGGAAGAGGAUGAUGAAGAAGAAGAAGAGAACACAGAGGACCAGGAUGAGCGAGGAAAUUUACGCGGACUCAUUGACGAUGGAGACGAGGAGGAGCCUGAGGAGGAGGAAGAACAACGCGCAAGUGGAGGAGCCAGCGACUCAGAAGAAGAAGUGAGGCAUCGGCGUAAAAAGCGCAAUUAUGAUGACUACCUGGAUGACGAUGAUCUGGACUUGAUUGAGGAAAACUUGGGUGUUAAAGUGAAAAGAAGGAAGAAGAAAUAUGACCGUGUAAAAACGCUCGAUGAUGAUGAAGAAGAUGACGAUGAGAAGGACCUGAUUGCAGACGAGAUCUUUCACGGUGAUGCAGAGGGCGAGUUGGAGGAAGGUGAGGCUGUUGAUGAGCCUCUCCACCAUGCUGAUGACGACGAAGAAGAAGAGGAUCUAGAGUCAGAUAUAGAUGAUUUUAUUGUGGAUGAUGAUGGCCAACCCAUCACCAAAAAGAGGGGCAAGAAGUUCUCAGGAUACACAGACGCAGCCCUCCAGGAGGCCCAGGAAAUCUUUGGCGGAGACUUUGACUUUGCCGACUUUGACGCAGACGCGUACGACCAGGGUGAGGAGGAGGAGGAGGACCAGGAUGAAGAGGGUUGGGACCGACCCAAGAAGCAGACAAAGAGGAGGCAAGGGAGGAAGAGCAUCUUUGAGAUCUACGAGCCCAGCGAGCUUGAGAGCAGUCACAUGACCGACCAAGACAAUGAGAUCCGCUCCACGGACAUGCCCGAGAGGUUCCAGUUACGAUCCAUCCCUGUGAAACCUGCUGAGGAUGAAGAACUGGAAGAAGAAGCAGAGUGGAUCUUCAGACACGGCUUCUCCACUCUUACUAUCUCCAUGCAGGAGAGCACAGAUUAUCUGGACAGGGGGACAACCACAAACUUUAGCAGGAAAGGCCCCAGCACAAUUGCGAAGAUCAAAGAGGCCCUCAACUUCAUGAGGAACCAACAGUUUGAGGUUCCAUUCAUAGCCUUCUACAGAAAAGAAUAUGUGGAGCCAGAGCUAAACAUCAACGACCUGUGGAAGGUGUGGCAGUGGGAUGAAAAGUGGACUCAACUGAAGACCCGGAAACAGAACCUGACUCGUCUGUUUCGGAAGAUGCAGUCCUAUCAGUUUGAGCAGAUCUCAGCCGACCCUGACAAACCUCUGGCUGACGGCAUCCGCCCUCUGGACACCGCUGACAUGGAGAGGCUGAAAGAUGUGCAAAGUCUUGAGGAGCUGGGUGAUGUGUACAACCACUUUCUGCUCUACUACGGCCGAGACAUCCCCAAGAUGCAGAAUGCUGCCAAGGCCACAAAGAAGAGGCUCAAAAAAAUCAAAGAAGUGUCUGAGGAUGGUGAAGAAGAGGAAUUGGAGGUAGAAGAAGAAGAAGAGGAGCAGAAAGGACCCGACCUCAAGCUGGCGUCUCGCAGAGAUAUGUACAGCAUCUGUCAGAGCGUAGGACUUGAUGGCUUGGCCAAAAAGUUUGGUCUAACUCCAGAGCAGUUUGGAGAGAAUCUGAGAGACAGUUACCAGCGCCACGAGACAGAGCAGUUCCCUGCAGAGCCUGUGGAGCUGGCCAAAGAUUAUGUGUGCAGCCAGUUCAGCACUCCUGAGGCCGUACUGGAAGGAACCAGGUAUAUGGUGGCCAUGCAAAUCGCUCGUGAACCUCUGGUCAGACACGUUCUGCGACAGACCUUUCAGGAGCGGGCCAAGAUCAACAUUAAACCUACAAAGAAGGGCAAAAAGGAGGUAGACGAGGCUCACUUUGCUUAUUCCUUCAAGUAUCUCAAGAACAAGCCUGUGAAAGAGCUGAACGGGGAUCAGUUCCUGAAGAUGUGCCUAGCUGAGGAGGAGGGGCUGCUCUCCAUUGACAUCUGCAUAGACCUUAUCGGAGUCAAAGGGUAUGCUGGGGACCAGACUUACUUUGAUGAGAUUAAACAGUUCUACUACAGGGACGAGUUCAGUCACCAGGUGCAGGAGUGGAACAGGCAGCGAACUUUAGCCAUCGAGAGGUCUCUCACUCAGUUCCUGUACCCUCAGAUGGCGAAGGAGCUCAAGAGCAAACUGAUCUCAGAGGCCAAAGAGAGCAUUGUCAGGUCGUGCUGUCGUCGGUUGUAUAACUGGCUGAAGGUAGCUCCUUACAGACCAGACCAGCAAGUGGAGGAGGACGAUGAUCUGAUGGAUGAGAGUCAGGGUAAAGGCAUUCGCGUGCUCGGUGUCGCCUAUGCACCCAGCAGAGACACACCAGUUUUCUGCGCUCUAAUCAACGGUGAAGGGGAGGUGGUGGACUUCCUGCGGCUGCCGCACUUCAUGAAGAGGAGGAACGCCUUCAGGGAGGAUGAGAGAGAGAAGAAGGCCAAUGACAUUGAAAAUCUCAAGAAGUUUCUGUCAGGCAAGAAACCUCAUGUGGUUGCUGUCGCUGGGGAAAACCGAGAUGCUCAGAUGAUCAUGGAGGACAUCAAGAGGACUGUGAGCGAGCUGGAGCAGGAGUCCUCUCUGCCCGCAGUGGGAGUGGAACUGGUCGACAAUGAGUUGGCCACACUGUACAUGAACAGCAAGAAGUCUGAGGUGGAUUUCAGGGAUUACCCUCCUCUGCUGCGUCAGGCCGUGUCCAUAGCCAGGAAGAUCCAGGAUCCUCUGAUGGAGUAUGCUCAGGUUUGCAGCACUGAUGACGAUAUUCUCUGCCUCAAACUCCACCCGCUACAGGAACAUGUGGUGAAGGAGGAUUUGCUCUGUGCUCUUUACUGUGAAUUCAUCAACCGUGUGAAUGAGGUUGGAGUGGAUGUGAACAGGGCCAUCGCCCAUCCUCACACUCAGAGCCUGGUCCAGUACGUCUGUGGCCUAGGACCAAGGAAGGGCUCCCACCUGCUCAAGAUUCUGAAGCAGAACAACACACGUCUGGAAAAUAGAACCCAGCUGGUCACAAUGUGUCACAUGGGACCCAAAGUUUUUAUCAACUGUGCCGGUUUCAUCAAGAUUGACACGGCAUCGCUCGGGGACAGUACGGACUCCUACAUCGAGGUCCUCGAUGGCUCUCGAGUUCACCCCGAGACAUACGAGUGGGCUCGAAAGAUGGCUGUGGACGCUCUGGAAUACGAUGAGUCGGCAGAAGAUGCCAACCCAGCAGGAGCUCUGGAGGAGAUCCUGGAAAACCCAGAACGUCUGAAAGAUCUGGACCUGGAUGCCUUUGCUGAGGAGCUUGAGAGACAGGGUUACGGCAACAAGGGGAUUACUCUGUAUGAUAUCCGUGCGGAGCUGAGCUGCAGGUACAAAGACCUGAGAGUCGCUUACAGAGUCCCCAACACUGAGGAGGUCUUCAACCUGCUCACUAAGGAGACUCCAGAGACCUUUUAUAUCGGUAAGCUGAUCACUAGUAUCGUAACUGGUAUUGCUCACCGGCGGCCUCAGGGCGAGAGCUACGACCAGGCCAUCCGUAACGACUCCACAGGGCUGUGGCAGUGUCCCUUCUGCCAGCAGGACAACUUCCCCGAACUUAGCGAGGUGUGGAAUCACUUUGACAGCGGGUCGUGUCCGGGUCAGGCCAUUGGUGUGCGGUCCAGAUUAGAUAACGGCGUCCAGGGAUUCAUUCCCACCAAGUUCCUCAGUGACAAAGUGGUCAAACACCCUGAGGAGAGGGUCAAGGUGGGCAUGACAGUUCACUGCCGCAUCAUGAAAAUCGACAUCGAGAAAUUCAGCGUCGACCUCACGUGCCGCACGUCAGAUUUGAUGGACAAGGCCAACGAGUGGAAGCUCCCCAAGGACAGCUACUACGACUUCGACACAGAGUCUGAAGACCAAAAACUGGAGGAGGAGCUCAAGAAGAAGCAACAGCGAACACCGUAUAUAAAGCGUGUUAUCGCCCACCCCAACUUCCACAACAUCAGUUUCAACCAGGCAGAGAAAAUGAUGGAGACCCUGGACCAGGGAGACCUGAUCAUCAGACCCAGCAGCAAGGGAGAGAACCACCUCACAGUCACCUGGAAGGUGGCUGAUGGGAUUUACCAGCAUGUGGACGUGAGAGAGGAAGGCAAAGAGAACGCGUUCAGCCUGGGGCACACGCUCUGGAUCAAUAAUGAGGAGUUUGAGGAUCUUGAUGAAAUCACAGCUCGUUACAUUCAGCCCAUGGCGUCAUUUGCCCGAGAUCUGCUGGGACACAAGUACUUCCAGGAGUGCAACUGGGGGAGCAAGGAGAAAAUGGAGGAGUUGCUGGUCAAGACAAAGAGAGAAAAACCUACUUUUAUUCCAUACUUUAUUUCGGCUUGUAAAGAUCUGCCGGGAAAAUUCAUCCUGGGCUACCAGCCUCGCGGAAAACCACGAGUUGAGUAUGUGACCAUCACCCCGGAUGGCUUCCGCUACCGUUCCCAGAUAUUUCCUACCGUGAACGGAUUAUUCCGUUGGUUUAAGGACCAUUACCAGGAGCCUGUGCCAGGCAUCACCCCGAGCAACAGCAGUCGAACCAGGACGCCUGCAUCCCUGAACGCCACUCCAGCCAACAUCAACAUCGCAGACUUGACACGAGCUGUCAACGCCCUCCCACGCAACAUGACCUCUCAGAUGUUCAGCGCCAUCGCCGCAGUCACAGGCCAGGGCCAGAACCCCAACACCACCCCCGCACAGUGGGGCUCCAGCCAGUACGGCUACGGAGGCAGCACAGGAGGAGGAGGAGGCAGCUCGUCUGCUUAUCAUGUGUUUGCCACGCCUCAGCAGCCCAUGGCGACGCCCAUGAUGACGCCCAGCUACUCCUACACCACCCCGAGCCAGCAGGCGCUGGGCACGCCGCAGUACCCUGGCUCCACCCCGCAGUCGUCACACUCUCAUGCCCACGGCCCCCCGCACAGCAGCCACAUGUCUCACCACAGCCACCAUGGCCAUCACAGCAGUCACCACGGCCACUCGUCCAGCACGCCAUCGUCCUCCACCUCGUCCAGAGGAAGGACGCCACAGCAACAGCAGCAGCAACCACAGCAGCCGCCGCAGCAGCCGCCAAAGCCGAGCAGCAGCAACGCCUCCGCCGUGGACUGGGGCAAGAUGGCGGAGCAGUGGCUGAAGGAGAAAGAGGCAGAGGGGCGGAAGAAAGCCCAGAGGAUGACGCCGCGGCCGUCGCCCAGCCCCAUGAUCGAGAGCACGCCCAUGUCCAUUGCCGGAGACGCCACACCGCUGCUGGACGAAAUGGACCGAUAGGACACGCAGGGGGGCGUCGCUACACCCCCCCUACCCAACUCCAUCCUUUGUACUGCCUCUUCAUCUGGAUAACCCUCCACCUUUAUGUCUCUGAGCCCCUUUCACCCCGCAGUCCAUCCAGCUCACACGUUCACCUCCUGAUGCUGUA